CCGCGCUGGGAGGGAGGCAGCGCGCACCGUGCAGCCGGGCCGGGCGGGAGGCAUGGCGGGGCCCCCGGCCCUACCCCCGCCGGAGACGGCGGCGGCCGCCACCACGGCGGCCGCCGCCUCGUCGUCCGCCGCUUCCCCGCACUACCAAGAGUGGAUUCUGGACACCAUCGACUCGCUGCGCUCGCGCAAGGCGCGGCCGGACCUGGAGCGCAUCUGCCGGAUGGUGCGGCGGCGGCACGGCCCGGAGCCGGAGCGCACGCGCGCGGAGCUCGAGAAACUGAUCCAGCAGCGCGCCGUGCUCCGGGUCAGCUACAAGGGGAGCAUCUCGUACCGCAACGCGGCGCGCGUCCAGCCGCCCCGCCGCGGAGCCACCCCACCCCAGCAGCCGCCACCGCCGCAGCCACAGCCGCCGCCGGAGGGGGGCGCGGCGCGGGCGGGCGGCCCGGCGCGGCCCGUGAGCCUGCGGGAAGUCGUGCGCUACCUCGGGGGCAGUGGCGGCGCCAGCGGCCGCCUCACUCGCGGCCGCGUGCAGGGGCUGCUGGAAGAGGAAGCGGCGCGAGGCCGUCUGGAGCGCACCCGCCUGGGAGCGCUCGCGCUACCCCGCGGAGACAGACCGGGACGGGCGCCGCCGGCCGCUAGCGCACGCGCGGCGCGGAGCAAGAGAGGUGGAGAAGAACGGGUGUUUGAGAAAGAAGAGGAAGAUGAGGAUGAAGACGAGGAGGAGGAGGAGGAGGACAAUGUAUCUGAGGGCUCAGAAGUGCCCGAGAGUGACCGCCCCGCAGGUGCUCAGCACCACCAGAUUAAUGGAGAGCGGGGCCCUCAGAGUGCUAAGGAGAGGGUCAAGGAGUGGUCGCCCUGUGGACCCUACCAGGGCCAGGAUGAAGGGCGGGGACCAGCACCUGGCAGCUGCACACGGCAGGUGUUCCCGAUGACAGCUGUGAAUAAAGAAGGGGGAUCAGCUUGUGUUGGAGCAGCUCCAGAUUCCCCAUCUCCGGUGCCUUUGCCUCCAGGAAAACCAGCCCUACCUGGGGCUGAUGGGACACCUUUUGGCUGUCCUCCUGGGCGCAAGGAGAAGCCGACGGACCCAGUGGAGUGGACAGUCAUGGAUGUGGUGGAAUACUUCACUGAGGCGGGCUUCCCAGAGCAAGCCACUGCUUUUCAAGAGCAGGAAAUUGAUGGCAAGUCUUUGUUGCUCAUGCAACGGACAGAUGUGCUCACUGGCCUGUCCAUCCGCCUGGGCCCAGCCCUGAAGAUCUACGAGCACCACAUCAAGGUGCUUCAGCAAGGCCACUUUGAGGAUGAUGAUCCUGAUGGCCUUCUGGGCUGAGCACCCAGCCAUGUCCCCACCCCAACCAGUCCAGACUGCACCCAGGGCGGCUCCAUAGUCCAGGAGCUGGACAUGGGUACACUCAACCUUCCUAACAGACUCCAGGGAGGGGGUGCCCUUCUCCAUUCUCCCCCUUUUCUCACACCCCUGACCUUAGUUCACCCCUCUCCACAGCAGUGGAGUGUGGGGUUGGAGGACUUGGUUGGCUCAUUUACCUGGGGUCACCCUUUCUCCCCAAACCAGGACAUUUUUGAAAAACAAAAAAACGGGAGCUUCCUGUGGCCCCAACCCCCUCUUCAGUUCAGCCAGAUGUAUCUUAUAUGUGUUUUGUUCUGCCUAUUCAUCCUGGUGGUGGUUUUUUUCCUCUUCCCACCACCCCUGUGUCCUCCCCCUUGACCCCCAGCCUCUGGGGAACAGGUGAGGUAAGGGACCUUGGGUCCUCUUCUCCUUCCCUUUCUGUCUGUCUACUAUUGUACCACCUGGCUGUAUUGCUUUUUAAUAUUGCACCGAAGGUUUUUUAAAUAAAACUUAAAAAAAAAAAAAAAA